AUGGAGCAUAUACAUAAUAUAUAUGAUAUAGAGCUGCUUAGAUAUCCAAUGAAAGCUGCAGAAUCACAUCUUAAGUACCUCAAUUGUUCAUCUCUGCUAAAUUGCUUACAAAAGGCAAAAGAAAGAGAACCUGAUGAAAUAGACUGCAUAGCUACAUUUUGCAUUAUGAAGAAUUUAGAUGAGAAUAUACUAGAGAUGCUAUCUAUAUUUAGUCAAAUACGAAAAGUACUGGUUGAAGCAAAAUACAGGCUCUCAGGAAAUAUAGUACAAAAAUGGCAAGAAAAAGUCAAAAUGAUCGAAUUAAACCCAGGUUUAAUUAAUUAUCUAACAAACAUGAGUCAAGAAGAGGUUAAAAAAGAAAAAAAAGAAGAGAUACUAGCUAGAGACAAGAAAGAAAAUAGUUUAGAAACUAUACAGCAACAAUUGCAAAAAUUAGACAUAGUAACAAACAAACAAAAUCAAGUCAUUAGUAAACAAGAGGAACCAAGAAAUAACAAUUAUAAAGCAAAUAUACUAGCCUAUAAUAUGCCAGGAGAGAAUGAAGAACAAUGUAUUAAAAUGAUAGAAGUUACUUUUGACUGUAAAGCAGAAAAAAAAGAAGCAAUAGACAAGAUAGAGAAGAAAAGCCGAGAUUGGUUUAGAAUGAUUCCAAAAGAAAGUAAAAAACCCAAGAAAAAAGAAAACAAUGACAAUGAAACAAAGAAAGUAAAAAAAGAAAAGAAAUAUAAAAAACAACAAGAAGAUUGGAAGGCAAAAUAUGAUUCAGAAGAAGAAGAAGAAGAAAGGAGAAGACUAAAUAUAGAUAAUGAAGAUAGAAACUCAAAAUAUAUAACAUUGUGGGACCUGCCAAAGGAUAUAAAUCAGCAGGAAAUACAGUAUGCCUACAGAGAAAGAGAAGCAGAAAUACUAUGGGCAAUAUCAAUAGACGACAAAAAACUGGCAAGAAUUACAGAAGCAAGACUAAAAGAGUUGCUAAAAGAGGCAUCAGAGAUACUUCUGCUAAACAAACUAAGAAACAAGGCAGCAAAAUCAGUAUAUAUUCCAUAUAACAGAAAUGGAUGGCAAAGAGCAAUUGCAAUAGUAACUUUUGAAAAUGAAGAAAAUAAAGAUAAAGCUACAAUGAGACCAGUGAGAUACAACAACUGGGAAGAAAAAGUACUCGGUGCAAGAAGAAAAAGAGAAGAAAAAGAAUUUAGUGAAGAAUCUGAAUACAAAAAAAGUGAAGCAGAGGAAUCAGCAAGAGAAAAAAUAGCAAAAAUAGGAAAAAGAAUAUUAAAGAAGACAAAGAAGCAAAGCAAAAAAGAAUCAAAAAUAAAGAAGAAACAA